CUCUCGGAUACCGUCUCUCAGGAAGCGAACUUGAGCAAACUCGAAAACCAACCCCUCACGUGACUGGUAAUGCUGGAGAAUCUCCAAUUUGCACCUCGAUCCAAAAUUAUUGUCAGUGCAACGGCUGGCAUAUUGACUGCUCUUCGAUCAUACUCUACUUGUCUAUUCUCUCUCUGGAAGCUGUUUCCGAUCAAACAGACGUGUGGUCAGAAACAGGAAGACGUGCUUGGUCUUCGUUUCAGUAACUCGGCCGGAUCGACGUCUGCUCAAUGGCCUGACCUACUCCGAACAGCUCGCCGCGUCGUCGAUCGCCUGCAUCGAGGCACCAUCCUCUGCUAUACACGACUGGACGGCAUUCUCUCAUUCGUGGUUUCGAUCCUAAUUCUCCAUCAAGAUGCAGAAAAUCCUGCGAAUCAACCUCCUCGCCCGCAACCAAGCCCUCAAAGCCACCCGCAAAAAGAACCUCAAGAAGCUCAGGGCCGACUGGCGCGAGUACGACCGGCGACAACUCGAAACCGAGAAAACUAAGCGGGAAUAUGUCAAAGACGAACGCAAACACCGGCGAGAAGACUGGAUUGCCGGCCCUCUCGCGCCGAAACGCAACGUCGCCGAGAAAGCCGACACAUACGGGGCUGUGAGUGCUCUGCUUGUGCAAGGUCCCGAGAUUCCCAGACGAGCAUUGAAGGGACCGAAGGGAAGCGGUUCUGAUCAAGUCGGCUCAGAGGGUCGCGAAACGGAGCAGAAAGAGUGGGAAGGCGAAGGCCCUGAGGGCAAUAUCAUCGCAGGAGAUCGCGUGUGCGUGGUCAUUGGGCAUGCAGGUAUACGAGGCCGGAUUGGAACGGCUCUGGACGUCAAUUUGGAACGGAAACAAAUCACAAUCGAAGGAUUGAAUAUGGCUGAUGUGGAAUUACCGCCCGGCACUCGCCAGCGCGAAAAAAUGCCUUUUCAGUCCGCCGAACUGCCUAUCCCACUCGACUCCGUGCGACUUGUAUACAAAGUCACGGACGAAACCACCGGCCGCGAACGGGAGGUCAUUGUCAAGCAUUUGAGAGGUGGAGCCCCGUAUAUCCAGCGGCCCACGUACUCAAGACUGCCCCGACACACGCGGUAUAUUGCUGGCGAGGAGAUCGAAAUCCCGUGGCCCGAGGACGAUCCGCCCAGUUACCAGGCCUACACAGGUGACACGACACGAUACGAUGUCGAGAGCCAGACGUAUAACCCAAGUCUGUGGGUUCCGCCGCUGCCGCAACCUGGGAUCCUGGAUGAGUUACGAAAUGACAAGUACGCCCGGGAUAGGGAGUGGCAUGCGGACGAGUACGUGCGGAUGAAGAUUCUAGAGGAUGCGAGGGCGCGGUGGUACGAGCAACGAAAAGUGAUGACACCGGAGGCCGAGUGGGCAGAGGAGAGGAAGCGCCUAGCCGCGCAGAAGGCCGAGACUGUGAAAGCCAUGGGUGUGAGUGACGUGACGGCCGAUAUCAUCAGACGGACGCAGGAGGAGAAGCGAGCAAGCAAGAGGGGGCGUGUGAGGGACGCUGAACUCUCGGCGUGAGGAUGGUUUGUGAUCCUGCUAGAUAGGCGUGGGAUGUGCCGAGAUCUUGUGCCAUGUCUCUAAACUGAAUGCGCGAGUAUCCGCGGUUGUGAAAUAUGGAGGACGAGCUGAGCCUGUCUUUGCAUACGGGUGAUCAGCAUGUACAAUCUGUAUGCCUUUUGAAGACGUAAGCAUUCGAGAUCUACCUCUAUAUGCUACGUUACCAGCGGGCCAAUGUACUCGACCCUGCUCCCUUCUGAUCGUGCCAACUGCGGCCAUUGCACGAUGAAGCGAUUUACAAAGGGUUUCAAAAGAC